AUUUUCAGAUGUCCAUCACCAGUGCGUCAGACUGGGGGGGGGAACAGAAGAAGAUUGGUUUCACAUGCAAACUGUCAAGAGCAAAAGGAAGCGAGCCAAUGGCAGCGUUACGAGUUUUCAUGCUACGCUGAGCGUCCGUCCCGAUGCACCGCAGGCCUGUCAUCAGAUAAGAUGUGAAUUACUCGAGCGGAGGAUGAGUGACACCACCAACGGCGUCAUCGCAGAGGACUGACCUCUCUCACACAGCCCGGUACCGCAUCCUGCCCCCUCCGCCCCCCCCCCCCCCGCGCACGCCUUCGCCCCUCCCGGCUUUGCCCUGCGGCCCGGGCGGAGUGGACACGUCCCUCUGGCCUGGCGUGCCUCCGGCGGCGUGUUGGGAGUCCGAUGGCGCGGUGGGACGCUGAGGGCCGCCGCGGGGGACUGUGAUGUCAGAGCCCGACAGCCCGGGCGAGAGCCGGCGUGGCGCUCCCAGAUUCUUCGUGGGCUACGAGGACGAUGAGAGCGAGGCCCCGGACGAAAGCAUGAGGACGGACAUGGAGCUGUAUGAGGACGACGAAGACACCGACUCGCCCCCGGAGCAACAGAUCGUGGUGGGGAUCUGCUGCAUGAUGAAGAAGUCCAAGUCCAAGCCGAUGACCCAGAUCCUGGAGAGGCUGUGCAAGUUUGAGUUCAUCACCGUGGUCAUCUUCCCCGAGGACGCCAUCCUCAACGAGCCCGUGGACAAAUGGCCUCUGUGUGACUGCCUCAUCUCCUUCCACUCCAAGGGGUUCCCUCUGGAUAAGGCCGUGAGCUACGCCAAACUGAGGAGCCCUCUGCUCCUCAACGACCUGAACAUGCAGUACUACAUCCAGGACAGGAGAGAGGUGUACCGCAUCCUGCAGGAGGAAGGCAUCGAUCUGCCGCGCUACGCCGUGCUGAACCGCGACCCAGAUAAACCAGACGCGUGUAACCUGGUGGAAGGAGAGGACCACGUGGAGGUCAACGGCGAGAUAUUCCAGAAACCUUUCGUGGAGAAGCCCGUCUGCGCCGAGGACCACAACGUCUACAUCUACUACCCCACCUCGGCUGGUGGUGGCAGCCAGCGGCUCUUCAGAAAGAUCGGCAGCCGCAGCAGCGUGUACUCCCCGGAGAGCAGCGUGAGGAAGACGGGCUCGUACAUCUACGAGGAGUUCAUGCCGACGGACGGCACGGACGUGAAGGUAUACACCGUGGGGCCCGACUACGCCCACGCUGAGGCUCGCAAGUCCCCCGCCCUGGACGGGAAGGUGGAGCGGGACAGCGAGGGGAAGGAGGUCCGCUACCCGGUCAUGCUCUCGGCCAUGGAGAAGCUGGUGGCCCGUAAGGUCUGCAUGGCCUUCAAGCAAACCGUGUGCGGCUUCGACCUCCUGCGAGCCAACGGGCACUCGUACGUGUGCGACGUCAACGGGUUCAGCUUCGUGAAGAACUCGAUGAAGUACUACGACGACUGUGCCAAGAUCCUCGGGAACAUCGUGAUGCGCGAGCUCGCUCCUCAGUUUCAGAUUCCCUGGUCCAUCCCGACGGAGGCCGAGGACAUCCCCAUUGUCCCCACUACGUCAGGGACCAUGAUGGAGCUGCGAUGUGUCAUCGCUGUCAUCCGACACGGAGACCGAACGCCUAAACAGAAGAUGAAGAUGGAAGUUCGAAACCCCAUGUUCUUUGAUCUAUUUGAAAAAUACGGAGGAUACAAAACUGGGAAAUUAAAGCUGAAGAAGCCCAAACAACUGCAGGAGGUGCUGGACAUCACGCGACAGUUGUUAGCAGAACUGGGACAGCACACCGACUGUGAGAUAGAAGAGAAGAAGUCCAAACUGGAGCAGCUGAAGACGGUUCUGGAGAUGUACGGCCAUUUCUCUGGGAUCAACAGAAAAGUGCAACUAACGUACCUGCCCCACGGGCAGCCCAAGACCUCCAGCGAGGAGGAAGACACGCGGAAGGAGGGUCCGUCUCUGCUGCUGGUGCUGAAGUGGGGGGGGGAGCUGACUCCUGCCGGCAGAGUCCAGGCGGAGGAGCUGGGGAGGGCCUUCCGCUGCAUGUACCCCGGCGGUCAGGGAGACUACGCUGGAUUCCCGGGCUGUGGGUUGCUGCGGUUACACAGCACCUACAGACACGAUCUGAAGAUCUACGCGUCGGACGAGGGCCGGGUGCAGAUGACGGCCGCGGCUUUCGCCAAGGGUCUGCUGGCUCUGGAGGGCGAGCUCACGCCCAUCCUGGUGCAGAUGGUGAAGAGCGCCAACAUGAACGGGCUGCUGGACAACGACAGCGACUCGCUGAGCAGCUGCCAGCACCGCGUGAAGGCCCGCCUCCACGACAUCCUGCAGAAGGACCGCGACUUCGCCGAGGACGACUUCGACAGGCUGGCUCCAACCGGCUCUGCCUCUCUGGUGAAUUCGAUGAAGAUCGUGGAGAACCCGGUGGCCACGUGCGACGAGGUCUACGCCCUCAUUCAGAGCCUCACCUCCCAGAUCCGCAGAAGGAUGGAGGACCCCAAGUCGGCCGACCUGCAGCUGUACCACAGCGAGACCCUGGAGCUGAUGCUGCAGCGCUGGUCCAAGCUGGAGAGAGACUUUCGCAUGAAGAACGGCCGCUACGACAUCAGCAAAAUACCGGACAUCUACGACUGCGUGAAGUAUGACGUCAUCCACAACGCCACGCUGGGCCUGGAGGACACGCUGGAGCUCUUCAGACUGUCCCGAGCUCUGGCCGACAUCGUCAUCCCACAGGAAUAUGGCAUAAAUAGAGUGGAGAAAUUGGACAUAGCAUACGCCCACUGCCUCCCACUGGUCAGAAAGAUCCAGCUGGACCUGCAGAGGACCCACGAGGACGAGUCCGUCAACAAGCUGCACCCGCUGUACUCUCGCGGAGUGAUGUCCCCCGGGCGCCACGUCCGGACUCGCUUGUAUUUCACCAGUGAGAGCCACGUCCACUCCCUGCUCAGCAUAUUCCGCUACGGAGGCCUGCUCGACGACGAGAAGGACCAGCAGUGGAAGCGGGCCAUGGAUUACCUCAGCGCCGUCUCCGAGCUCAACUACAUGACCCAGAUCGUCAUCAUGCUGUACGAGGACAACAACAAGGACAUCUCCUCCGAGGAGCGCUUCCACGUGGAGCUUCACUUCAGCCCCGGCGUGAAGGGCGUGGAGGAGGAGGAGAACGCGCCGACCGGCUUCGGCUUCCGGCCCGCUUCUGCAGAGGUAGAGCGGCAGAACGGGCAGAAACAGACAGACCCCGGCAGCUUGGAGGACCUCUCUCAAGACGAGACGGACCGCGCCGUGCCGCUGUCCGAGCCGAUUGCCAUCCAGAGGAGGUCCCCGCUCAUCCGCAACCACAAGACCGGAUCCAUGGAGGUUCUGUCAGAGACGUCGUCCUCUAAAGUCGGCAGCUACCGCCUCUUCUCGUUGUGCUCGCGUCAGUCCCCUGAGAUGAAACAGAGUGGAUUGGAGUUGUUGUCUAUGCCGGCAGUAAAACGAUUUUCUGUGUCGUUUGCAAAGUAUCCGACUAAUGGAACACAAGACGACGCCUCCACCAUAGCAGUGGCCCCACCCGUCUGGUGCACUGCAAAAGAGCCCCCGGAUGAGCGCCGUGUGGCCCAGUUGUUGAGGCCUUUCUCCACGGACCUCAGCCUGGGCCGCCACCUCUCUCUGGACGGGGCGCUGGCCCACCACCUCCACCAGUGCUCCUACCACCUCCGCCUCUUCCGAAACUGGCUCGUCUCCGGCCAAGACCCCCUAGAGUACCUCCACGGCUUCGAAGGCUGCUCCAUGGUGCCCUCCAUCUACCCUCUGGAGACGCUGCACAACUCGCUGUCGCUGAAGCAGGUCAACGAGUUCCUGACCGGCGUGUGCGAGAGCGCGGGCGACCCGCACGCCAGGACCACCAGAGCGCUGUCGGCCAUGUUCGACACACACAACCAGCCGUCGGUGGACUCGUACACCCCCCAGAGGGUCCUCUCGUCCUCCAUCGCGCUGCGAUCUCGACCCGACAGACCACCUUGGUACAGCAGCGGGCCGUCCAGCACGGUGUCGAGCGCCGGGCCGUCCUCCCCCACGGCCGACACCUCGCCGCGCUUCAGCUUCAGCGACAAGACCCCCCUCACCCCCCAGAGCAGCGAGGAGACUCACUCCUCUCAGAACGCCCCGCCGGCCCAGCCGCCGCCGCCGGCCCUCAACCCGCCGGCUACGGACCACCUCGCCGAGUUGCCCCCGACGGAGGACGGCCGCGGCGAGCUCGGCCCCGUUGACGGCGCGCAGGAGGGCCCCGGAGGCGGCGGCCUCGGACGCCGGCUCCAGGCCGCCGUGCGGCGCGCUGGCCGAGCUCUCCCUGGCCCGCAUGGAGGGCUACUCCCUCCCCGGCUCACUGCCCGUGCUGCUGGAGCUCAGAGAGAGCAGCAGCGAGGCGGGUUCCAGCUCGCAGACGCCACAGUCCCCCGACGGGCCCGACGAGUUCUUCGACACCCAGGAGUCCAUGGAGCUGUGGAUGGACGGUCCGGAGGGCCUCCCUCGCCCGGAGACGCCGCCAGAGGCGACGGGCGGGGCGGAGCCGUAGCGGGGUUUGGUGGGGGGGGGGGGGGCGUAGUCUGUUGUUGCCCCGGUUACGUCAUCCUCGUUAUCAACGCCGUGCUGUGAGGAGGAGCCUGAGGACCCAGCGGGUCAGCUGACCGUCUCACUAAGCUCCGUGUUCCAGAUUUCUAGAACAAGAUCGUUGCCUUUCAAAGAAAGAAUCGGUUCCAGGGAACCGCAUGUUCUCGACUUUUUGUUUUAGGGCCACAAGGGGGCAGAAAGGCCCCCGAGACCCCCGCGUUACACAUCCAGAACUACGAGCCAAAAGGGCAAACGGAGAGUUGUUGUUACAUCUCAUGUGUUUAAUUGAUCAGUGGACCUUUUUAAUCUGUUAAAUCUGUUGCAUCUUUUUUCUCUCCAGACUCUUACUUUGGAAAGCUGCAGGAGAGACGAGCAACAAGAGUUUUCUUACUUUGUUACAGGAUACGUGACUCUGACUCAGUGACACACAUGAUAUAUGAACAUGUAUCUGUGUGUGUUUUCUCUCCCUGGUUUGGUUCCCGUGUUUGUGAUUUCAAAACAAAAGUCUUCAUUGUUGCCGGUGAAACGUAACGAUUGUUCAGUUCGCUGCUUCCUUCAGCCUCGGUUUAAGAUUUAUCCUUAUCCAUCAGUUGAUGGAGAGAGAAACAAAUAUUUAUUUUGAAAUUACAUCUUUAAAAAUAUAAUCUAAAAGUCUGGUAUUUUUUAUACCCACAUCAGAUAUUUAAUUGCAAUAAAACUAUUGUGUAUUUUUUGUAAAAUCCCCUCACAAUGUGGGAAAGCACCUCACACUAAAUAUGGCUUUUAUUGUGGUAAGCGGUUAUGUAGCCGUGUCUGUGGGGGGGAACACGCUUGAGAAGCUGUUUUAUCCGUGUUACACUGCGACCUGCGUCUGUUCUCAUGCGUUUUGUUGCGUAAAAGAUCAAUUUGCUCAAAUUAUUAAAGAAAUUCAUAAAACAUUUGCUCACUUGCAAAGA